CUCGAUUCCGAUAUUUCCAUGCAAUGUCCUUAUGGAGCUAGUGAGAAUGGUUUCGUACCAGAACGCACAGUUAACACGUUUAGUGGUACAGCAGCAACAAAAGAAGAAAGAACGGUUGAUAUUAAUUAAGACCGCGUUGUCCCUUUGCACACCAAAUUGGACAAGAUGCUACGAAAAGGAUUUUGGAAUGUCACGACCUAUGCGGAUGCUGAAUGGACCAUUUGUUUCUUGGGGUGGAGAAGGCGAAGAUGAGCAAAAUAAUGAAGCUGCAGCCGUCCGAGAGGACCCAUUGUAA